GGGAAGGCUUCAAAUUGGUCUCCCUUUCACUCAGUUUGUAUGUGUCUUGCUGGCUUUCCCUAUGGGCUGUGGGUCAUCUCCCUGCCCCCAGGGGUCUUACUUGCCUUGAUUUUUGGAAAGGGAAACUGAGGCCCAGGAGAGGAAUGACAUCAAAGGGAGGGGAAACUUGGGCUCUUCACUGUUCAGCAAGUUGCACCCAGGCCCCUUGGGGCCAUGAGGGCUUGACCCCCUGUUGCCCUCUCUUGGGGUUCUUCUGGGGAGCCCCUGCUCCCUGCCCCCCCCCCCCCCCCAGCUAUCUCCGGAAGUGCAGAGGCCCAGGAGCUGCUGUGGCAACACCUUGCAGGAUUAGUUCAGGGAAGGACUUGCUCACCUGCUCCUCCCCUCUGACUCAAGUCACAACAAGAACCUGGUUCCCCUGCUGGGGCAGCCUGGGAGGGACUGGCGGGCGGGCGGGACAGAGGAGGGACCGCCAGAUGCCUGUGGAGAACCCAGGCCAGCUCAGAGGGUGCAGGAGGCCAGCCGGAGACUCUGGCAGUGCUACACCCCUUGGACCCCUGACCCAGGAACAAGGGAUGUUUCCCUGGAUGAAAACUGGAAGCAGCUGAGGAAUCUCCAGGCCACCUACGUGUCCCGGCCCAGGCUGGGCUGGGUGUCGCCCCUCCCUGUUGUGCACCCCCUCCUCCCAGAAGUCCACCAUGGAGAGUAAGGAUGAGGUCAGCGACACUGACAGCGGCAUCAUCCUGCAGUCUGGCCCUGACAGUCCAGUGUCCCCGAUGAAGGAGCUGACCCACGCUGUGCACAAGCAGCAGAGGGCCCUGGAGGAACGGCUGGGGGCCUGCCUGGAGGAGCUGCGGAGGCUCUGCCUUCGGGAGGCGGAGCUGACGGGGACCCUGCCGGAAGAGUAUCCGCUGAAGCCGGGGGAGAAGGUCCCCAAGGUCCGGCGCCGCAUUGGAGCCGCUUACAAACUGGAUGAAAGGGCACUGCACCGAGAGGACCCCCUGAGCAGCCUGGAGCAGAAGGUGGCACUGCAGCGGCAGAUCACGCAGGCGGCGCAGCGACUGUGCGGAGAGGAGAAGCUCAGCCGCCAGGCCCGCCGGCAGCGCAAGCACUCGCUGGUGCAGGAGGAGCGGAAGCUGCGGGAGCUGGAGCGCUGUCUGGGGGAGCAGAGGCGCAGCAGUGCCCCCCCACCCACCACCGCCCUCUCCCUGGGCAGAGAACUCAGUGCCUCUGAUGACAGCUCCCUCUCAGACGGGCUGAUCCUAGAGGAAGAGGACUCCCAAGUGUCAAAACCUCCCCCUGAGUCCCCAGCUCCACCAGCCCGGCCUGUCCCACCCCAGAGCUUGGAAGGACUGCAACCCUUAGGGCCUGAGACAGGGGGCCUGGAGCGGGCCCCCAUCCAGAACAGCCCCUGGAAGGAGACCAGCCUGGACCACCCCUAUGAGAAGCCUCGGAAGACGUCAGAACCCAACAGCGAGUCCAGUAGCCCGGCCACCACGCCUCAGGACAGGCCCAGUGCCUCCAGCUCCUGGCUGCUGGAAGCCGCCACCUACCAUAUGGUCCCCAUCCGGGGCGUUCCCAGCCUAAGGCAGGGUAGGAUCAGCGCCCCGGCCACCCCCGAGAUGCAGGGGCGCAGAGGCCAGUCGCAGUCUCUGAGGAUGGAGUCCUCUCGGGCAGGCCACGAGGGCCGCGGCCGCAGCGCCUUCCCACGCCGGCGCCCCACGCACUACACGGUCACGGUGCCUGAGUCCUGCUUCCCGGGCCCUGCCUGCCACUCGUGCUCCGAGGACAGCGGCUCCGACGUGUCCAGCGUGUCGCACCCCACCUCGCCCGGCAGCAGCAGCCCCGACAUCUCCUUCCUGCGGCCCCUGGCCCCGCCCGAGACGGCCCGGCCCCGCGGAGCCUGGAGCGCGGCCCUGUACCCCAGGCUGCUGUUGUCCCCCGGCUUCGUGCCCGCCGGCUGCCUGGUGGCUGCGGGCGAAUGGGAGCUGCUGGGCCGCCCCAGUGCAGCCCGCGGGGAGGAGGAGGCUCCACGCCGCCCGCACCUGCCGCCCGCGGGCCCCCUGCCCGCACCCGGCCGCCUGGUGCGCGCGCCCUCGCUCAAGGACGGUGCGGCCCGCGGGCUCAGCAAGGCCGCAGUCUCCGCGGAGCUCAAGUCCUGGCACGAGCGCGCCCGCCUUCGCAGCGCCCGCCCGCACUCGCUCGACCGCCAGGGCGCCUUCCGCAUGCGCAGUCUGCCGCCCGGGAGGGAGAGCUUCGCGCGUGCGCUGGGGGCCCGCGCACAGGUGCCCGCGGUAUGUGUGCUGCGCAGGUCGCCUGAGGGGGCCCCUGUCCAGGUCUUCGUGCCCGAGAAUGGCGAGAUCAUCAGCCAGGUGUGACAAGAUUGAGUGUGUCUACUGCAUCCAAGUGCCUGGAAAGACUCUCUCGAGUGGACUGGGGCCUGGCCCGCCCGACCCAAGUGCCUUCUUCAGCCUCCUUGCCUCCAUCGCAGGCCGAUGGCCUGGAGCUGAGCCUGGAUCCACCCCACCCCACCCCCUUUAUUUUUAUUUACUGGUUUUUGUUACGAUGUCCUGGACUCUGAGGAUUUAUAUCAGUGAUUUAUCCUCUAGAUCUCUGUAACAUGAUAAUGCUUUACUGCCCAGAUGUGGACUAAAGGCCUUAUCCACCUGACAACAUUGGUCUCCUUCUAAAAACCCCUCCCCAUCUGCCUGAGAACUUUCCCAGAAAUCAGCUGCCCUACCUCACCUAGAGGUGGGUGGUGACACUCAUCACUGUCCUCUCUGGCUCUCGGAGUGCCCAGCUGGUGGAGAUUCCCUCACCCCUUAUAAUGUGCUCCGUGAUGCACGCACCAAGUUCUAGGGUAAAGGUCAGAAUGUUCUGGUCAAGUCUUGGCUCCCUAUAAAUCCUAUCACAACACCCUCCAUGAGCUGGCUGCAGCUGUGGUUUGGGCACUGGGGACCAGCUCAGCUUGUCUGGGCGUUGCAAGAACUCAGGUCCUAGCGCUCCCUCCCUCAAACACCUGUCUACCACCAUCCUACAGUCGCCUUCCCAGUGUUAUUAUUACAAAGGCACCGUGCAAAGUCA